CUCGCACGGAUUUUGGUUGCUGCUUGGGCCAGCGGUUCUGCUCAGAUUUCUUCCGAAUUGUUGUAAAUUCGCCAUUGUUCCCCGGCUGCUUACAAACUUGGAUCCGGAAUUUCUUUUCAACCGGGAGCCAUUGGUGUCGAAGUGUCUGCAAUGAACCCCGUGAAUGCUACUGCUCUCUACAUUUCCGCGAGCCGCCUAGUGCUCAACUACGACCCCGGAGACCCCAAGGCGUUUACCGAGAUUAACAGGCUCUUGCCUUACUUCCGACAGUCCCUCUCUUGCUGUGUUUGCGGACAUUUGCUACAAGAUCCCAUUGCACCCACCAACUCCACCUGCCAACACUAUGUCUGCAAAACUUGUAAAGGCAAGAAAAUGAUGAUGAAACCUUCAUGUAGCUGGUGCAAAGACUAUGAGCAGUUUGAGGAAAACAAGCAGUUAAGCAUCCUCGUGAACUGCUACAAGAAACUGUGUGAAUAUAUAACCCAGACAACACUGGCGCGGGAUAUAAUAGAAGCAGUUGACUGUUCUUCUGAUAUUUUAGCUUUGCUUAAUGACGGAUCAUUGUUUUGUGAGGAGACAGAGAAACCUUCCGAUUCAUCCUUCACUCUGUGUUUGACACAUUCCCCUUUACCUUCAACCUCAGAGCCCACAGCUGAUCCUCAAGCUAGUUUAUCUCCAAUGUCUGAAAGCACCCUCAGCAUUGCUAUCGGCAGUUCUGUUAUCAAUGGUUUGCCCACUUACAAUGGGCUUUCAAUAGACAGAUUUGGUAUAAAUAUCCCUUCACCUGAACAUCCAAAUACAAUUGACGUGUGUAAUACUGUUGAUAUAAAAACUGAGGAUCUGUCUGACAGCCUCCCCCCUGUCUGUGACACAGUAGCCACUGACUUAUGCUCCACAGGUAUUGAUAUCUGUAGUUUCAGUGAAGACAUAAAACCUGGUGACUCGCUUUUGCUGAGUGUUGAGGAAGUACUCCGGAGUUUAGAAACUGUUUCAAAUACAGAGGUUUGCUGUCCUAAUUUGCAGCCAAACUUGGAAGCCACUGUAUCUAAUGGACCUUUUUUGCAGCUUUCUUCCCAGUCUCUUAGCCAUAAUGUUUUCAUGUCUACCAGCCCUGCACUUCAUGGGUUAUCAUGUACAGCAGCAACUCCGAAGGUAGCAAAGUUGAAUCGCAAAAGAUCCAGAUCUGAAAGCGACAGUGAGAAAGUUCAGCCACUUCCAAUUUCUACCAUUAUCCGAGGCCCAACACUGGGAGCCUCUGCUCCGGUGACAGUGAAGCGGGAAAGCAAGAUCUCUCUUCAGCCUAUAGCAACUGUUCCCAAUGGAGGCACGACACCCAAGAUCAGCAAAACUGUACUUUUAUCUACUAAAAGCAUGAAAAAGAGUCAUGAACAUGGAUCCAAGAAAUCCCACUCUAAAUCUAAGCCAGGUAUUCUUAAAAAAGACAAAACAGUAAAGGAAAAGAUUGCUAGUCAUCAUUUUAUGCCAGGAAGUCCUACCAAGACUGUGUACAAAAAGCCCCAGGAAAAGAAAGGAUGUAAAUGUGGGCGUGCUACUCAAAAUCCAAGUGUUCUUACAUGCCGCGGCCAACGCUGCCCUUGCUACUCUAACCGGAAAGCCUGCUUAGAUUGUAUAUGUCGUGGCUGCCAAAACUCCUAUAUGGCCAAUGGGGAGAAGAAGCUGGAGGCAUUUGCGGUGCCAGAAAAGGCCUUGGAGCAGACCAGGCUCACUUUGGGCAUUAACGUGACUAGCAUUGCUGUGCGUAAUGCAAGUACCAGCACCAGUGUAAUUAAUGUCACAGGGUCCCCAGUAACGACAUUUUUAGCUGCCAGUACACAUGAUGAUAAAAGUUUGGAUGAAGCUAUAGAUAUGAGAUUCGACUGUUAAAUCAGUGGGUCUUGAAACCUACCCCUGGUAGGAAAUAGCUACAGUUUUACGGCAGCUAUGAUUCUGUUGGUUUAACUUGCCGGAGCUCCUGCAUAUAGAUCACUUGUAUCAAGUGUUUUCAUUGCUAAGUUAUAUGUGUUAGUGUCGGGGAAAUAGUUUGCAGAUAAUGGAGGAGUAACCCUACAACUAUAUGUUCUUAGUUCUUACAGAACCUCAUAGUUUGAGAACAAAUGCUGAUGCAACUGAUUUAUACAAAAUGAACUUUGGCAAGGAAAAUAACAAUAACCUCAUUGUUUAUGGUCAUGCUUUGUGCAUAAUCAAAGUUGAUGAUUAAAUGUAAGGAAGUGGUAUCCAGUCGGCCCAUAACGAUUGUGCUAAUUUUUUUUGUGGAAAAGUAGCCAUUAGUUUAUCAGGAGACCUUGUGCUGCCUUCAGAUGCUGCAGUGAUGUUUCUCCUGGUGAAAAGCUGAUGAUGUGUCCAGCUCAACCUUUGUGCUGACAUAAUACCAUUUCUGAUCAUGAAAAUUGGCUACUGGCGUGUAUGUAGCAGUUCUUAAAUCAGCAGUAUUAUGAAAGAAAAUUUCCCCCUCAUUAGAAUGUUUUAAGAAAUCUGUCUUUUAAAAAGUGAACAAAUAAAUUCUGUCAGACCACAAAUGUUAAGCUGUUUAUGCUUUAAAUAUUUAUGAGUUCAGCCCCCUUUCUAGUUACGACUCACUUCUAUGAGAAAAUCCUAAGUCCUUUCACUUUGAGCAAUGUUCUAUUUGAUAAAGUGAAGAGCUGUUUUAUUCUGAACAUAAUUGAAUUUAUAUAGUUCAUGACAUAAUUUUUAAAAAUAUAAAAAGAAUUUAAAAAUUGGGUUUUAUUUAAAAUAAUUUUGGAAUAAUGCCCUAAAUGUUCCCAGAUUUAUGCAUUAUACUUAUUGCCAUUGAUGACUUCUUUGAUUUUUAUUUCCUGUUUAUUUGCCACAGGCUUUACCUUGAAUAUACUCCUUUGUUUUUUUCUUUUAAAGGGUGCUGUUCAUAAUGAAGGCUUCUUUAUCAAGGCCUUAAUAAAAGAUGCCUUUGAUGAAGCCUGUGCAUUUAGGUAGGUGUAAAGCUCGGAGGAUUUUCUUUAGAAUGCUCUUUUGCAUGUAAAGCACAACUGUGUUUGAGUUUUAAUGUACUUCUUCCUAUUAACUUCAUGGGGAAGACAGACAUUCUGUUGAAGGGAAGUCUAGUCAGUCGCUUGAAAGAGCACAGCCCAGGUAAGCAAGGACUGACUAGGGAUAGAGAGAACCUUGUGAUUUCAGAGUCGCUGCUUUGGCAGUGCUUAUUUUAAGAAAUACUGCUAGGGAAGUUCCAGUUCCUACUGCAUUCACCGUCUGGUGAGAUCUGAGUGUUGGAGUUGUUUUGAUUUGGCACACAGCAUGUUCAAUGAUGGUUCCUCGCCUCAUAAAGACACGGAGAGAAUCCUUUGGACACAGAGCAGAUGACACCUCCUGUUUUGUAGUGUAUUCUGGUGUCAUUUUCUGUGAUGUGGUCAGGUAGUCGUUUUGUUGUUGUCAUUGGGCUUUUUUUAAAAAAAAAAACAAAAAAACAAAAAAAAAAACAAAAAAAAUUUUUUGGUCUCUUGGUGGGGCGGGGGUGGGCUAAAGCCAUAGGAAGAAAAAUGUGAUGUAUGUGUCCAGUAUGUACGAUUUUGUUUUUGUUUUGCAAGAAGAGUUGAACUAUUUUUGAUAACAAGAGUAAAUGGUGGAAAAUGC